CUCUCAAGAUUAACCCAGGCUUUGAUAAUCGCUCAAUGGCGGCUGUGUUGCUCGGGUGACUGUUAGGCUACAAGUUGCUUGUAGAAAGGAUUACCAGGAUGGAUAAAGUUUAGAUGAUGCUCAAGCACUAGGCUGAGCUAAAUUCGUGUUUGGAUGUCUCUGCACCAUGGUUGGCUGUAACGUUAGCCUUCUUUACUGAAGGCUAGAGACAUAAGAUUUUGUCUUCAGCAGCAAAGGUCAGUUAGAUGCUUUUGUGUUUAGGUUUUAUUUUAUCUCCUGAAUAAGGAACAGCUUUGUGCUCACUAGUUUUGCAGAGUAAUGUAUGAUGUGGUCAAAUGAUCAUGACAGAUACGACUUUGGGCUGUUGUUGUCCUUGGUAGCAGGGGUCGGUGUGUGGGCAUUUCCUCUUUCUCUCUGAGCUAAGUAGGAAAAUGGCACACACCCUCUUAUCUCCCUCAGGAAAUAUUUGGUUCAACGAAUAUGAAUAACGGAUGAAUGCACUCACAAACAAAUGAAUGAUGAAGCAAACCAAGAGUUAAGCCAAAGGUUGGGGCCUGUAACUGUAAGAGUUAAAGUAGUUUUGCAUAUUGUUAUGGUGAGUGAGCUCCUCAAACAUCUAUUUUGUUUGCCUAAAGCAAACCUGGUUAGUGAAUGUGACGAAGGAAGAGAGCCGUACCUGCAGCAUCGCCACCUUUAGCUCUGUCAGUCAACACUCACUCGUAGAGAGGACAGAAGGCAAUGACCAUAAAGAGGCAGAAAGAAUAUGAAAUUAAUUCUUGCUACUGAGAAAGCGGGCAUUAACCUACUUGAGUUAACAAAAGGAAUCCUAAAAUAACAUAGAUAAUUUUAUUGAUGAAUGUCAAGGUUAUUUAUUUUAUCUAAGCAUGUAAUUACAGAUAUUUACUUAUUAUCUACUUUUGUACCAGGUGCUAAGGUGACAUAGAUGAACAGUGAAUGUAUAGAUCCAAUAUUGUAAUGGAGACAGUAGCCAAGAACUAAAAAAUAAAAUAAAAUAAAAUAAAACACCAGGAUAUAAUUUCAAAUUGUAAUUAAGUCCAGUGCAAAGGAUGGGAGUCCGGAGACCUGAUGUAACCCAAAGUAGGGUUAGUGACCUCUGUGAGAGCCAUGCUCCUUGACCUGAGAUCAGAAGGGCUAUGGAUUCGCCCUACCUAGAGGUGAGAAAGAGGCACAAAUACCAGCAAAGACAGAGGUCCAGGGCAGAGCCAGCUGUGCGUCAGAUGUGGGGUCCUGGGGAGAGCCAGAUGUGAGCUGCUGGGUAUGGAAGGCCGCUGUGUCUGGGCAGUGAGGUCCAGGAGGCAGGGAGCUGAAAGGCAGGUGAGGCCAUCCACCCCAGGUCUGUGGUCCUGUUGGGGGUUUCAAUUUUACCUCGAGGACAAUUGGAAGUCGGUGAAGAGAUGUGUUUUAAAAAAACACUCCAGCUUCAGUGAAGCAAACUUUUAAGACUGGCUAAAAAAAGGAGAGUCACUAGACCCUAAGAGAGAAAAACAGGGACACAAGUUGGGGGAGCUUGAGGGAUGCUGAGAGUUGUGGGUUUUUUACCUAGGGUGCCAGAAGACUAAACGAUUGCUGCUAUUGAUUUUGGUGUAGGGAAAGAUUCAUUCCCCCGCCCCAACCCCAGCUUGGGGGUCAAGCUGAAGCCGUCGUUGAACUGGCUGUGUAGCUAAGGAUAACCUUGAAUUUUUGAUUCUCCUGCUCCCAGUGUGACUGCAGAUGUGUCCCACCAUGCCCGGCUUUAUCAAGGGCUUGGGAUCCAAUUGAGGGCUCUGUGUAUUCUAGACAAGCAUCCUACCAACAGUGCUGUGUUCCCAGUCUGAGAGAUUUUUUUUUCUCUCGCCCAGUGAAUUUGAGGCACCUAAAUGCAAAGGUGGCUAGUUAUACUAUUUCAAAUCAUUUUAGGAGGCUUUGUUGUUGUUUGUUUUAUUUUUGUUUUUGCUUUUGCUUUUGUUUUUUUGAGACAAGAUCUUGCUGCUUAGUUUAAGUCAGCCUCAAACUCAUAAAAUACCUUCUGCCUCAACUUCCCAGGUGCUGGCAUUAUAGACACAUGCCACCACACCUGGCUGCCGUACUGUUUCAGAGUUCUAAGAUGUUCUAAAGAGUACAUGUGGGGGCCACUGGAUAAAAGUAACUUAUGUAGAUGAUAGUGAGGAGUGUGGUGUCUCCUCCUACCAAGAAAAAGGACUUUGGAAGUUUGCCAAAACACCAAGCUCUCUUAAAAAGUCCCUUCCUACUCUGACUACACUGCUCAAAGCUUCGGGUUCUCUUUCUUUUCCACAUCACUCUCCUUCUCAAUAAAACUUCAACAUGGUCUCUGUGAUCUCUUAAAAAGAGCCAGUCAUCCAAAGCUUGCUUGCCUUCAUAUGUUCCCUCAGCUCCACACUGCCUUUGAUUUUUCCCUUAAAAAUAAGACCUCACUGAAGACUUGCCCUUCUUCGCCUUUCCAAUGGUUUUUAGCGUAAGCAUAGUGUUGUACAACCCAUUGUCUUUCAGUCCAGAACAUUCCUACCACGCCCGAAAGAAACCAAUCCGUUCGCGCCUCUCCCUCCUGCUCCACCAUCCCCUUGGCAACCGCUCAUGAGCUCUGUGUGUCUGCAUCUCUUACUCACUCUAGAUCCACGGAACGUUCUGCAAGCAUCGUCCCACCAACAAAACGUCACCCACUUCUCUGAGUGCUCUUGCUGGACUUCCAUUUUACUUUUCCAUCGUUAUCCCCCAACCCCCCUGCACAGUUAUCCUUUACAGUCUCUAAGGGGAAACCUUAGCAAGCCAAAGUCCCAGCCCCGGCCCGUGUCACUGCAGACCCUCUGCCUAGACUUUAAUGUGCAUCAGUAUUGCCUGGGUGGCUCCUUAAGAACAAGAUUUUUAUGUCACAGGGAGUUUCUACAUCAGGAAGUCAAAGAUGGAGUCUGAGGUCCUACACUGCUGAAGUCCCCAGCCCUUUCUCUCUUGCCUAGACUGGGGACAGGAUUUAGGGCAUGCUGUUUGCCCGCUGCUCUGUGCACUGGUACAUGCUGUUUGCACGCUGCUCUGUGCACUGGUACAUGCUGUUUGCACGCUGCUCUGUGCACUGGUACAUGCUGUUUGCACGCUGCUCUGUGCACUGGUGCGUCUCAGUCCCCAGCACAGUGCUUCCAAGGCUUGUCACCUGUCUUGGGCUGGAGGGUGGGCUUGACACUUAACUUCCUUUAUCCUUUCCAGUUUGUAAACGUCUGUCUUUUUCAUUAGCCUGCAGUGACAGGAUUGUGUCCCACCCCUGUCCCUGGCAUGUUAAGUCCUCCCCAGCUCUGUAUGUCUGCAGAUUUGACCACCACGUCACCAUGGUCUGCACAUUAGUCAUUGUGGGAGUGGGGCUGUGAAAGUAGAAGGGAUGUCACGAGACUCUCAGCUUCGCUGCAGACACUCAGACAACCUAGGCCAGGAGCACCUAUAUUUGUGCACUUGUUCAAAAGCAUCUAGGGGUAGAGACAGACUUGAGGUAGAAAGGACCUCCAAGUCUCGGAAUUAUGUUUUUUUUUUUUUCUCCUCUUACAUGUACGUGUGCAUACUGCUGUGUAUGAGCGUGCACAUGGAGGCCGUGGGGACAACCUUGGGUAGCCUUCCUCAGGGAUGCAUCUUUUGGAAACUGCACUUACAACCUCACCGUCCUUGACUGUUUACAAGGAAUCAGAAAGGGAUUACAGCAUGGGUUUUUUGACUUUGAGACGUUUGAUGCGGAAGAAUAUGAACAUUAUGAGCGAGUUGAAAACGGAGACUUCAACUGGAUCGUUCCAGGAAAGUUUUUAGCGUUCAGUGGACCGCAUCCUAAAAGCAAGAUUGAGAAUGGUUACCCUCUCCACGCUCCCGAAGCCUACUUUCCAUACUUCAAAAAGAACAACGUGACCACGAUCGUGAGAUUGAACAAAAAGAUCUACGAGGCGAAGCGCUUCACAGACGCUGGCUUCGAGCACUAUGACCUGUUCUUCAUAGACGGCAGCACCCCCAGCGAUAACAUCGUGCGGAGAUUCCUGAACAUCUGUGAGAACACCGAGGGGGCCAUCGCGGUCCACUGCAAAGCUGGUCUGGGAAGAACCGGGACAUUGAUAGCCUGUUAUGUCAUGAAACACUACAGGUUUACACAUGCUGAAAUCAUUGCUUGGAUCAGAAUUUGCCGACCAGGCUCCAUCAUCGGACCCCAGCAGCACUUCCUGAAAGAAAAACAAGCAUCAUUGUGGGUCCAAGGAGACAUUUUUAGAUCCAAACUAAAAAAUAGACCAUCCAGUGAGGGAAGUAUUACAAAAAUUAUUUCUACCCUGGAUGAUAUGUCUAUUGGUGCAAAUUUAUCCAAAUUACAAAGCACAGAAAGGAUUGGAGAGAAUAAUUUUGAAGACGAAGAUAUGGAAAUUAAGAACAACGUAACGCAGGGAGACAAACUACGUGCCUUAAAAAGCCAGAGGCAUCCCCGCUCCUCGCCAUCCUGUGCAUUUAGGUCAGAUGAUAUGAAAGGACACCAAAGGGCAAUGGCCCAGACUUUCAGAUUAAGUUCCUCACCGCAACCAACUAUGUCGACCAUGAAGACCUCCAAAGUGUGUUUGUCCCCUUCAGUGACAGCCAAAAAAAUAAGCCGAGGUUCUUUGUCUUCAGGAGCAAAUAUAAGAAGCUUCUCCAUAAAUUCCCGGCUAGCCAGUUCUCUAGGGAACUUGAACGCCGGGACAGAAGAACCUGAGACCAAGAAGACCACAUCACUCACCAAGGCCGCUUUCAUAGCCAGCCCAUUCACCAGCUUCUUGAAUGGCAGCACCCAGACACCUGGCAGAAACUACCCUGAGCUCAACAACAACCAGUACACCAGAAGCAGCAACAGCAACAGCAGCAGCAGCAGCAGCGGUCUUGGGGGCAACCUGAACAGCUCUCCAGUCCCCCAGAGCGCCAAGCCCGAGGAGCACACCACCAUCCUUCGACCUUCCUUCCCGGGGUCACUCUCUUCCUCCUCAGUGAGAUUCCUGAGCCGUUCUAUACCUGUAAGUUCACAGACACCACCUCUGGGUCCUCAGAACCCUGAAUGCAACUUCUAUACCUUGCCUUCCCAGCCGAGGCUGCCACCAAAGAAAUUUAAUAGUGCCAAGGAAACCUUCUGAUCGACACCUUCCCUCUGUGUUGUGCAACUGUCCAUGCGCUACAUUCUGCUGGCUCCUCUUCAAGUAAAUGCCGAGUUUCAA